AUGAACACCGCUCCAGCUACGAUGGCGCAAUCGUCACCUACGACAGUGGCUCAAGUGAUCAACCUGUUCUGGCAGGUGCGUGCUCAGAACCUCAACUCCGGUGCCUCGGAUCGCAUUGAAGUGCCUAUCACCCUCAAAGAUAUCAUUGGAGACAAAGGAGUUGCUGUCAUCGCUACUCGCCUUCGCAACAUGAUUGAUGCGCCAGUGGCAACCGUUGAAGACGUCGAUCGUGGUGUGAUUCACAUCGCGCCUUCGCGCAAUCUUCUCGGACACGACUCGAUCAUUCAUGAAGCCAAGAAGCCAAAAGCCAAGGCUCUCAAGGAAGACAAAGUCGCUCGUCCUCCCAACGCUUUCAUCCUUUAUCGCCAACACCAUCAUCCACUCGUCAAAGCUAGCCACCCAAAGCUCCACAACAACCAGAUCUCGGUAAUCCUCGGGACUCAGUGGAAGAAUGAAACGGAGAGCACGAAGGCUCGUUAUAUCAGUCUGGCCCAGAAACUGAAAGUCAAGCACUUCCUCGAGCAUCCCGACUAUCAGUACCAACCUCGCAAGCCCAGUGAAAAGAAGCGUCGUAUGACGCGUCGUAAAGCAGCUGCUCUGGCUGAGUCUGAGCAGGCCGAGUCAAGCUCUUCGGCCAAUAUGGCUUCUGCGUUGGGUGAGACUCAAUCCAGCGCAGAACAGAGCACCGCUAUGAUCCCUGAUCUACCCAAGACCCUGGGUGGUAACGUGGUGCUCGAGCUUGGUGAUGAGACCAUGGACGACGAAGAUUUCGCCGCCGUGCUGGAGAAGUACAAUCAGUCGAUCUCUCCAGCCAAUACUCUAACCACCGUCGCCGUUGGAAACAAUGGAAAGCCAGCAGUCUUUUACGAUGAGCCGAGUGAACCUGCUCAGAGUGAUGCCAACUUCUACUCCAGUGUCUUCGACUACAACCCUUUCGCGGGGAACGAAGAGCUUGCAGAGGAGAUGCAAGGCAUGACGACUGGUGAAGAAGGUUUUCAAGCGAUGAUGGCUGCCCUCAGCCCCAACGCUCAGCAGACCACCUUCGAUGAGCAGAACGAAUCUUUUUUCGACGCUGAGCUUGCACGAGACGCUGAGUUGGGAAGUUGGUGCACCGUGUUUGAGAAGAAGGCGUAG